UUGCCUCGCAGCUAUGACCUCGUUAAUAUUAAUGUAGUGCGAAAAGGUCUGCAAGCUAUAAGGGGCGGGGCGACGCGCUCGAAUGGGGUCACGUUCCAACAGUACAUAAGGGCCCACCAGUGUUCAUCCAUCAUAGCUUCAUACAUCUCUGUAGCCGCUUCAAACUUCUCAACAAAAAUGGCCUCAAUGGGAUCUCGCGGUGCUAAUUCCGUCUAUGUUGGAAAUCUGCCUUACCAGACAAGCGAAGAAGCUAUUGGGCAUCACUUCAGCCAAGCCGGUCAAGUAACCAAUGUCAAGAUCGUGUACGAUAGAGAAACUGGCCGCAUGAAGGGUUUUGGAUUCUGUGAGUUCUCCGAUGAAGCUGGAGCGAACAAUGCCGUCAAUUCCCUCAAUGGAGCCGAUUUCGGUGGACGUCAGCUUCGAGUGAACUACGCCAACAGGAACUGA